AUGUCGAACAUGGACAGCCCUUCUCAAGAGGAUCCCCGUAUUCAAGAGAUUACACUGAAAUAUUUCAACGAGAUUGCUUCCUGUAAGAAGGAACUCGAAACGAUGAAAGCUAAAUAUCGGCCACUCCAAACUCAACUCGACAUUUCGACUGUCAGAAAUAAGUCAUUGGAGAAUAAACUGGCGGAUUGUCAGAAGAAAUUGGAAGCAGCGAAUAAGAAAAACGCUUCAUUUCAUGAGGAUUAUUGGAAAUUGGUAGAAGUGGAGAAAGCAGAAGAAAUGGAAGAUCUGAAGAAGAAGUUAGAGGAGUUCCAGAAGCAACAUGACAAGGAGAUCGGAGGCAAGGAUCUGAAAAUCCAAACGUUAGAGUUGGAGUUAUCGGCUGUCCAGAAGAAAAGUUCUGAGAAGAUUCUAGAGCUCCAGGAGCAGAACAUCAAGAAGUUCAGCGGGAAGGAUCUAGAGAUCCAACAACUGGAGAUCACGUUGGCAGCUGCCAAGAAAGAGAUCUCCGAGAGGAAAUCCGAAGAGCCAGGUCAACUCCAUAUUGAUCUCGGCAAGCUCUAUGUGGAUCUUCAGGAAGCCAAGAAGCCACAGGAGACUCUGAUGGCUCAGCUGGCUGCAAAGGACAAGGAAAUGGAGAAUCUCACAGAUCAACUCGAAGCGAAGGAUUCAGAAAUCCAGAAUCGGACGGAAAAGAUUGAGAAUCUGCAGGAGAUCAUCUACGAUCUUCAGAUGACGAAGGUGGCAAAGGAUAAGGAGAUUGGGAAGAUGACGGAGAGAUUGGCUGAUUUGGAGGCGGAGCUUGCCUGUUAUAUGUGA